GACGCGAGAGGGCACUAAACUAAUUUGAAAGUAUUUUUAUGCCCUCUUCUUUCUUUUCCGGAAAACAACUUUCCAGUCGAAACGUUUUCCUCCACAUAAAACACAUCAGGAUGUGUGAGGUGGAGGUGAGCGAGGGAAGCGUCCACGUGGAAGGCUGCGCAUCGCCGCUCUUCUACAGACAAAGUCGACCUUCCUCGGGGGAAACCAAGAUGUCCGUCUUACUUCUUCACGGCAUCCGCUUCUCCUCGCAGAACUGGCAGGACAUCGGCACUAUGCACACUUUGGCCAAAGCUGGCUGCUGCGCAGUGGCCUUGGACCUUCCGGGACUCGGACGCUCCAAGUCAGCAAAGGCUCCGGCAGAAGUGGGAGAGUUGGCUCCAGCGUCCUUCCUGGUGGACGUUUGUAAACGCCUUGGACUGAGCCCGGUGGUGGUCAUCAGCCCCUCGCUCAGCGGCAUGUACUCCCUGCCCUUCCUCAUUCAACACCAGAACCUUUUACGGGCCUACAUCCCUGUGGCACCAAUCUGCACCCACAAGAUCACCCCUGAACAGUACCGCAGUGUCAAGACUUUUCUCCUGCAGGUUCCAUCGCUGAUUGUUUAUGGUGACCAGGAUUCUCAGCUGGGCGAGGUGUCGCUUAGCAACCUGAGCCAUCUGCCCAAUCACAGUGUGGCUAUGAUGAAAGGGGCGGGGCAUCCCUGCUACCUGGAUGACCCUGACACGUGGCACAAACUUCUGACAGACUUCCUCGCUAAACUAUGAGCUUCAUCUAUACAAAGAAUGGAGCAACAUUUGGACCAGCAGUCCAAAACAAGAAGGAGCUAAAAUCAUCAUCCUCACAUACUCGCUCGCUCACUUGCUCGCUCAGUCGCUCGCUAACGAGAAAUAAAAAAUUUAAUCAACACCAUUUUGACGUGACACCUGAAAACUUAUCAACAGUGCUGUUUUCCUACAUUAAUGUUCAUGAUAUUUACUUCACUUUUUCUUUUCUCUAAAUGUUUUUUUAAAAAUUUUUUUGUUAACACACUUGUCACACAUGGUCACGUUGCACCACACUACACAAUCACAUACACACUUCUUGUACGCCCCUCCCUCUCCUCCUACUUCUUUUUACACGUUUUAGUCAUUAUUUUGGCAAACUUAACCUGUCACUCACAAGAAAAGGUUGCCUUCGCUAUGGCGAGCGUGUGAGCGUGUGUGCACGUACAGACAAGGACACAGUAUGACGCUAGGUGGCUACGUGUUAGCAUAAGCAGCAAAGAUUGUUGAUAGUCGUGAUGGAAAGUAGUGUGGAGAAAAACUCAACGGCCGCAUUUGACGGAUCUUUUAAGAGGGGGCAGCCUGGAAUGUUAAAUAAGCAAACAUGAGCGUAGAAAUACUUUAUGGCUGCUGGAGAAAAUAUCCAAUAACAUUUUAGGAUACAUUUGUAUAAUACUAAUAUUUUGCUGACAUUUUUUUGCAAUUGUUCCGGCCUACAAUGCCUGACUUUGCGGCAGCUUUUUUAGAAAGUUGUGGCAAAAGUUCCACAAUUUUAAAGAUUUUUUUUACUGGUAACAUUGAAUCAACUUGCGAUUUGAUACAUUUAUUAUAAACCCAUUAAGUGUUCCUUGUAACCCAUCCAUUUUCUACCGCUUGUCCCUCUCGGGGUCAUGGGGGGUGCUGGAGCCUGUUCCUUGUAAACCUUAAUCUCAAAAAGCAUGUGACUUUAAUAAAAAUUGUAAAACAAAUAUUGUAUUGAUGUUUUACUCGUUUUGUAGCACACAGACUUAAAAGUAGACACUAAAUGGCAGUAAAAGCACAUACUCAGAGAUCAGUGUCAAAUAACUGUACUGUUUUAAUUCACUAUAACUAAUAUGAAUAUUGAAUUAUGAUUACAGAAAAAUACACACACCAAGAGCUUUCUUAUCGUCUGCUGUCAGCUCUGCGGUCCAUAAGUUGCAGGCAUCCUCCGCAUAUGUUUUACGCUUGAAAACUGUUCGUCCAUCUUAAACAUUCAUUUACUGUACGUUCCAACACAUUUACCCCCGCAUGUUAAGAGCAUUUGUGAACUGUGGAGAGCGAUCUAUAGCGCUAAUUUUUGUUGGUAAAUGUGAGACUAUGAGAGAUAAGUAUCACACCUCAACAUCUCUAACAUGUAAAUGCUGCCUCUUUGCUAUGUCAGCAAUGCAAAUUAAAACAUUUUCUUAAUUCUCUUACCCUGGAUAAAUAAUUCAUGUAAACUAGGAAGUAAAUAGUUAUAUACUAUAUUAUCCAGAAGGCUUACAGGAACAAGAUGGGUCUGAGCUAUGAAGGACAACAAUUGUGUCGUUUGAUAAAGAGUUACACCUUGAUGUCUCUGCUUUGUCUACACAAAAAACAAACAUACGUUUUGACUAGACAGUUGACGUGCGCAUUUGAGCGGCGUUUAGAGACAAAUUUGAUCGGGGAAAAUGUGCCGGGAAGUUGCAGGCUCUGUACAAACUUGCGAGGCAGCGCGUCAUUUGCCGGGAUUGGUUAAAUUUGUGUCCAUUUAAAAUCCAUCGCAAAAUUCUGGAGGGUCUGUGAUGUGAUCCGAUUUUAUUUCAAUUUCCAAAUAUUCAACGUAAUUAGAAAUAUUAUAUAAUUAAACUAUAAUUAUCUAUCCAUCUAUUUUCUACCACUUGUUUCUAUAUUUGUAAAUAAUAUAAUUUUUUUUUUUAAUACAGAAGUUAUUUUCUAUAUAAUUUUUUUUUUUUAAUACACAAGUUAUUUUCUGUAUUUUUCUACCACCGUGCGUUAAACAAGAUGGAGACAUAUCUUAGUUUUUUUGCAGUGUAUUCAUGAUUCAUGUCUCUUUUGUGGGCAAAAUACAGUAGAACCUCCAAAUUAGAAAAGUGCAAGUGGUUGCAUAAAAGUCGAAAGAAAAAACAUCAAAUGUCAGCAAACUUCAACUCAGCGAGCAGUUUAGUAUUUUCCAUUACAGAAGUACCUAUAAAAGGCCACUAGGUGACAGUAUGUAUUAACGCGUGGGGACUUUUCUGCACUGUGGACACACGCACACACAACCUCCACAUGUGAUGUCCCCCGGAAUGAAAUCCUUUGUAAUAUUGUUAUCGUUAUUAUGCUUUGUCACGUGACCCCAUGAACAUACAGUUUCUUCUCUUUUUUGUUAAAAUACAGUAGAACCUCCAAGGAGCAACACCCUUUUUCUUUGGCUUUUCUGGCACGGUGUGUAUGUGACAAUAACCACAGACCCAGAAAUGGAACUUAAUGGAACCAGGCUGCUAAGUACAACAUGGCUGACAUUGAACACAAAUAUUUACCGUGACUUUAAAAGUUUGCUUGAACACCAAUAAAGGAUGCAUGAUGGCCA